GACCUUCUUAUUUACGAGGUGUCUGUGAAUGCGCCACGCCUGCUUUACUUCCUGUCUGCCAUAACUUCACCAAAAACAAAAACACAAAAGGACAACGUUUUGUUCCUUCGUCUGUUUGCCGACAAUAACGACGUGGCCUUGAACCGGCAAUGACGCAGCAAGAGCAGCAGGACUUCAUGGAGAGACUGGAGGAGGCGCUCUCCUGGAUGAAAGCUGUCCAGGAGAAGCUGAGGACAAACGACAACACAGAGGGGCCGUGGGAUGCCCUGGAAAGCCGACUCAGGGAGACAGAGAAAAUCCACCACUCAAUGCAUGAAGGCCAGGUGAAGAUGGACAUGGCACAAGUAGCAGCUGAACAUCUUCUGGAGAUGGGCGAUGAAGAGCUGAGGACAAAUACCCAGGCCAAGCUCAAAGACCUGAAGAGCAAUUGGGAAGAAACAUGUACUUACACCAUCCACUGUCACAGCCGGAUUGAGUGGGUGUGGCUCCACUGGAGUGAAUAUUUAAAGGCCUAUGAGGAGUUCAUGUUGUGGCUGAUGAAGCAGCAAUGCAGUCUGGAUGUGACCUUGGAGCAACAACUGGGCCUGAAGGAGAAGUUGUGGCAGGUCGACCAGCAAAGGGUAAUGGUGAGCGACAUCCGUGGCCAAGCAGCUUUAUUGGAACGGCUGCUGGAUGAAGCUGCCGCGCUGCACAACAGGAUCCAAGACCCUUGUGUGGACCCUCAGACCCAGGAGAGACUGCAGGGGGCCUACAAUGACGUCAGUACCAAGGCUGAGGAGCGUCUGUCGCUGCUCCAGAAGAUCGCCGAGGAGCACCAGACAUACCAAGGCUGCGUUCAGAGGUUUCAGUCCUGGCUGCUGUCCAAAACCAAGGAACUGACAGAUCUGAUGGAGAAAGAAGAUACAACAGAGAACAAACUCCAAGCCUUACGAGCGGUCGAUGAGAGCGUGGCCAGUGAGGAAAAAACCCUGCAACACAUCGAGGGCGUGUCCGAAGCGGUCCGAGUCAACAGCUCCCCCGCUGGAGCGGAGGUGGUAGUGGAGGAGGCUGAAGAGCUCCGGCUGGGUUGGCAGAGACUCAGACAGGGUCUGUGUGAGGCCGAGGACGGCCUGCGCUCCAGUCUGGACGCACGCUGCGACUACACCGCUCGACGCCAGCGACUGGGGGUGGACGUUGGAGGUCUCAGGGUACGACUUCAGGGUCUGGACCAGGACUUGGAGAAGGUGGCUGAUGUUGGGGACGAGGAGGAUUUGACUGAAGAGCUGAUGGUCCGCCGGUGGAGAAAAUACACGGAUGUGAGAAACGGUGUGGCUAUGGAAGAGACCCAAGUGGAGCACCUCAAGUCUCAGCUCAAGGAUCUCUUCAGGUUCUCCGAGGACUCUCGCCACAUCUCUGAUGACGUCCUGGCAGUUGUCAAAGAGCACCAGAGUGUGAAAUGCAAAGCGGCAAGAUUGUGUUCAGAAUCCGAGUGUCUCCUGAGAAACGCACUCCAGGACCCGUUGAUGUCCUUUGGCCAGUGGAGGCAGGCCGUGUCCGAGGUUCUGGAAACUUCUGCUGUGGUCACAGACUUCUCCCACAUUGUCAUGCUGCUUGAAGAAAUUGAACGGCUGUUGAAGGACAGUUUUCAGCUGCAGGAUGUUUUCAAGGGGCUGAAGACAAGGGGGGACUUGUUGGUGUCUGUGUUUGGUCCUGAAAGGUGUGCUGCUCUGCAAAGUGAGCUGACUGCAUCAAUGAAGAACAGAGAACUGCUGCAUGGUGAACUUCUCCAGAGACAAGCCAGACUACAAGCCUCCGUUUCAAGAACUAAGGACUUUGGAGAUGCUUACAUUUUGAUCGGCUCCAAGUUGAGGGGCUUGCGAGACAGGAUGAUGGCAGCUGAAGUGCUCCAGCCUGACAUCCUAGCCAAGAAAAGUCAGUUCGACCAGUUGAAGGCCAUCCAGAAGGACCUGGAAGACUGUGAAGCACACAUCACAUUUCUUGAAACGCUCAUAUCCUCCAGUUCCAGCAACAGGGCUCAGUUUGAAAAAGUCCACGCCGACUGGAAACAGCUUUGCAACACAAUUAGGGUGAAGUUGCAUGAGAGUGAGCAGAGUAUCGAAGAUCACAAAAGCUUCCAUGAGAGUCUACUGAACAUGGAGAAAUGCUUGAUGGUCCUGAAGCAGAAGGUGGAGUCCUUUAGGAGUCCCACAGGAGAAUGGAACAUUGAUGGUCGCAAACACGAGGCUGAGAAAGCACUGGGAGAGUUUCCAGAGAAAGAGUUGCAGCUCCAGCAGAUGGAGGUCCAAUGUCAGAAAGUUCUACAAAGGACUUCGCAGAAAGGAGGAGUCCACAUUGUGGAAGAUAUGAACCGUCUCAAGAAGUCCUGGUUGAACUUGUACGAGAUGAGUGGCAACAUUCACAGGCUGCUGAAUGGAUCCACGGAACAGAUGACUGUUUCUGACAUGUGGGGCAUCAACACUUUAGGCCCCACAGAAAUGGCAGAGGUGGUGGAUGGUGGUCACCAUCCCAAAGGUCACCUCAUACCGCCUAGACAGGAAGAGCUUCCCAAAGAAGUAGCUAGUAUGACCAACGAAGAACGUUCUGACCAAAGCAGAGGAGCUUUUGUGCACUUGAGGCAGAAAGAUGGCGCAAUGGUGAGCAGGGAUCAAUACAAGUCCAAAAGGAAACAGUUUGAGGCUUGGCUCAGCAGAGAGAAUCAACUCCUGUCAGGAAUCCUGAGCACCAAGCGAGGAACCCUGACGAGCAAUCAAGUCCAGAAACAACGAGACACACUAAAGGCUCUGAAGGCAGGAGUGAGUUGGGGUCAAGAUCAGUUCCAGCUUUUGCUGCAGGACAGGAAAGAGAGUCAGGCAGGAUCAGGUCCAGCAGAAGAUGCCAGCUUUGAAGAACUUCGUUAUCGCUGGAUUCUCUACAAGUCCAAACUAAAGGAUGCCCGUGUCCUUCAGAAAAGGCUCAAUUCCAAGAAGCCGAGCUUGAUGCAGCGAGUUUGUCGACUGGCUCUUCCUCUCUGGCUCUUCUUCCUCGCCUUGCUGCUCAUCGCCUUCCUGCUUCCCCUCAUGGACAAAGACCACAGCUGCUCUCUCAGCAACAACUUUGCACGCUCCUUCAACAUGAUGCUGCGCUACUCUGGACCACCGCCUACAUAACACAAAAAUACAUCCAUGACAUAUAUAUCUAUAUCUGCAUCCAUGGCAUAUAUCUGCGCUACAGUAUCAUAUCAUGUAUUUUAUUACAGCCUUACAAAGAUGUGGACUUUAUUUUAAAAGAGAAUAGCAAAAUGUAUUUUAUACUUGAAUUUGUAUUUAAUUGAGUAUUUUAACUAUUUGACUCUCAAACACAGCCUCGUACUGACGUCGUACCGUGUAUUUGGCCGACGUCGCAAAGUAAGUCAUUGUCUUUUAGGUUUGAUUUCUUUUUAUGCAUCAAAACAUUUUAAAGUAACUGGAUGAGGCAAUUCCUGCUGGAAUUGCGUGUGAAUGCUCCAAUGCUGACGUUGAACUGAAAUCCUGGAAUUCUUUUUAGAAUUGUUGAAGUAGAGCACACAAUUCCCAAACAGGCUGAAUAUUUUGAAGUUGGAACAGUUUGAAUCAGAUGACAAAUGGGGGGGGGGGGUUGUUUGAAAAAUGUCCCAUUGAUUUCAACUGGAAUUUCCACCCAAAAUUGGGAAUUUCGGCAAAAGCGGGAAUUUUUUUGAAAAUGGUAAAAAAAAAAAAAGAGUUAAAAUGGUCAAAUCGGUCGAGAAAUGUUGAAGUAGUAACAUUUUAAAUUGAGAAUUGGUAUUAAGGAAUUUCGGGAAAACCGGGGAAUUUUCCAGUUCGAAAAACAACUUCGUUUUUUGUCCUGAUUAAGGGGAAUGUUUGGACGGUGGAACAGUUGAAGUGGGUUGAAAAUGGUGGGAGGAGUAGACGCCACAAAAAAGGGUUUGAAAAAACGGGAAUUCUGGAAAUUUCUGGAAUUCUUUUAAAGUAAAGUUAAAGUACCAAUGAUUGUCACACACACACUAGGUGUGGUGAAAUUUGUCCUCUGCAUUUGACCCAUCCCCUUGUUCACCCCCUGGCAGGUGAGGGGAGCAGUGAGCGGCAGCGGUGGCCGCGCCCGCGAAUCAUUUUUUGUUAUUUAACCCCCAAUUCCAACCCUUGAUGCUGAGUGCCAAGCAGGGAGGUAAUGGGGCCCAUUUUUAUAGUCUUUGUUAUGACUCGGCCGGGGUUUGAACUCACAACCUACCGAUCUCAGGGCGGACACUCUAACCACUAGGCCACUGAGUAGUAAACAGGCUGAAUAUUUUGAAGUUGGAACUUUUUGAAUCAGAUGACAUGGGGGAGUUGUUUGAAAAAUAUCCCAAUUUCCCCCAAAAAUUGGGAAUUUCGGCAAAUGCGGGAAUUUUUUUGAAAAUGGUUAAAAAAAAAAGAAUGAGUUGAAAUGGUUGGUGUUGCAAUUUUUCAAAUCGGUCGAGAAAUGUUGAAGUAGUAACAUUGUAAAUUGAGAAAUGGUAUUAAGGAAUUCCUGGAAUUUUGUGAAAACCGGAAAUUUUUCCAGUUCGAAAAACAACUUUGUUUUUUGUCCUGAUUAAGAGGAAUGUUUGGACGGUGGAACAGUUGAAGUGGCUUGAAAAAUUUCGGGAUCCCCCGGGAGGAGCUAGACGAAGUGGCUGGGGAGAGGAAAAUCUGGGCUUCCCUGCUUAGGCUGCUGCCCCCGCGACCCGACCUCGGAUAAGCGGAAGAAGAUGGAUGGAUGGAUGGAUAGACGCCAGAAAAAAGGGUCAAAAAAGGGGUUUGAAAAAACGGGAAUUCUGGAAAUUCCUGGAAUUCUUUUGAACUUGGAAAAAUAAUAUGUUUUGUCCAGGAUGAGUGGAAUAUAUUGAAAGUGGAAGGGUUUUAAUCGGUUGAAAAAUGUGGAAAUGGCGGAAGUCUGAAAAAUUGCCAAUUUAUUUUGAAUGGGAAAAAUGUCCCGGAAAAACUGGAAUUCUGGGAAAUUUGGGGAAUUUUUGGAAUUUGUCAAAGGGAAAGCCCGCGAUUCCCGAAUAGGCUGAACAGUUUGAAGUUGGAACGGUUUGAAUCGGGUGAAAAAUGUGAAAGAUAGAGCGCGCCAAAAUCUGGAGAAGAAGUUGAAUAAAUGGAUGAAUUUUGGUGCAGAAAACCAUGUGUGAAUGUUUUGGAGCAUUCACACAACAAGGAGAAAACAUGACCAAGUUUUUGCAAACGAAGUAUUUCUUUGUUUUUCUGCCUUGACCUCCUGACCUCAAGUACCACACAUGAAGUACUUUUAUAUUCAUUUCAGGUUUGACAUCAAUAUUGUUGUCCUAGCUUGUGUAGGUUUACUCUUUUGGCUUUGUUUUAAUAAGCGGGCUUGCAAUUCAUGUACUAGUACACACUAUAUAUACUGUAUACUGCUGUAUGUACUAAUAUUUACUACUCGGUGUAUUAUUGUGCUCAACAUUAUUUCAAAUGUCAUUUGCCAAACCAGGAGAAUUGCCAUAAAUGAUGCUUUGUAAAA